CCAUUCCUCUAUAUAUACCCCUCCUUAUUUCUUGCUUCCAUAUAUUCCCGACUCCUCCUCCCAACAUUCAUAUAUACAUACAACUAUUCACAUCAAAUUCACUCACCACAAUUCCUCUCAUCUUCUUCUUCAAAUGGGAUCCUUACAAUUAUCCAAGGAUCAAAAGUUGAAGGAAGAAGAGUACACCGGUGAUGGAAGUGUAGGUUUUGAUGGAGAAGCAGCUUCCAGAAACCGAACUGGAAAAUGGGCUGCUGGGAGCAUCAUAUUAUUGAAUCAAGGUCUAGCAACGCUAGCAUUUUUCGGCGUGGGCGUGAAUCUGGUGCUGUUUCUAACGAGAGUGCUGCAGCAAGACAACGCGGAAGCCGCCAACAGCGUGAGCAAAUGGACUGGGACUGUCUACAUAUUCUCUCUAGUUGGUGCUUUCCUUAGUGACUCUUAUUGGGGAAGAUACAAAACUUGUGCCAUCUUUCAGACCAUCUUUGUCAUAGGUCUAGUACUCUUGUCACUAUCAACACAGCUCUUCUUGCUGAAACCGGGAGGGUGUGGAGACGAGACGAAGAAAUGCAGCACGCAUUCGAGUUGGGAGUUGGGGCUCUUCUACAUCUCUAUAUACAUGAUUGCUCUUGGCAACGGCGGCUACCAACCUAAUAUAGCUACAUUUGGUGCUGAUCAAUUCGACGUAGAGGAUCCCAAGGAGGGCUAUUCCAAAGUGGCUUUCUUCAGCUACUUUUACCUUGCACUAAACCUUGGCUCACUCUUCUCCAACACUAUAUUGGGAUACUUUGAAGACGAAGGGCUGUGGGCGCUCGGAUUCUGGGCCUCCACCACCUCUGCUACACUCGCCCUGCUCCUCUUCCUCGGGGGCACCAAGCGCUACCGCCAUUUCAAGCCCAGCGGCAAUCCCCUCUCCCGCAUUUCCCAAGUCUUGGUCGCUGCCUCCAAGAAGUGCAGCAUCAGGAUCCCACCGGGUGACGAGGCCAACCUUUACGAGGCCGAGGACUCCAAGAACGCUGCCAGGAAGAUGCUGCACACGCAGGGGAUCAAAUUCUUGGACAGAGCAGCAUUCGUGACACCGCAAGAUCUGGACGAGUUGAAGCAGAACGAGUACUACAACCCGUGGCGCCUCUGCCCCGUCUCCCAAGUGGAGGAGGUGAAGUGCAUAUUGAGACUGCUCCCUAUCUGGCUCUGCACCAUCAUCUACUCUGUCGUCUUCACCCAGAUGGCAUCCCUCUUCGUGGAGCAGGGCGAUGCCAUGAACACGCGGAUCUCCAACUUCCGGAUCCCUGCAGCAAGUAUGUCGAGCUUCGACAUCCUCAGCGUCGCCCUCUUCAUAUUCUUGUACAGGAGAGUGGUCGACCCCAUCGUGCGCGGGGUGAGGAGGGACUCCAAUGGGCUCACCGAGCUCCAGAGGAUGGGGAUCGGCCUCGUGAUCGCAGUGAUGGCGAUGGUCUCGGCCGGGAUCGUCGAGUGCUACAGGCUGAAAUACGCGAGGAAGGACUGCAAGCACUGCCAAGGGUCAAGCUCGCUCAGCAUAUUCUGGCAGGUCCCGCAAUACGCGCUGAUCGGGGCAUCCGAGGUGUUCAUGUACGUCGGGCAGCUCGAGUUCUUCAACGCUCAGGCGCCUGACGGGCUCAAGAGCUUUGGGAGCGCGCUCUGCAUGACGUCCAUCUCGCUGGGGAACUACGUCAGUAGCUUGCUGGUGUCGAUAGUGAUGAAGAUAUCGACGGUGGACAACAUGCCGGGCUGGAUACCGGGGAACCUCAACAAGGGCCAUCUUGAUAGGUUCUACUUCCUCCUCGCAGGCCUCACCGCCGUCGAUCUCGUCAUAUACAUGGCCUGCGCAUCGUGGUACAAGAGCAUGAAGUUCAGAGGGAAGGCUGCGGAAGAGGAUGAUGAGGAUUAUGAGGUCUAAAUUAUUUUAUCCUUUGUACAGAGUUGGAGAGAAAGGGAGGAGGACAUUCUUCAAGGCUCUUUGGUUCCACAACUCAUGUGUUUUCAUGAAAUAAUUACUUUCACAAAUGUCUUGUGUUUUUCAAUGCUAAUUCACAAGUUUCUUA